AUGGAGUCCUCACGGCUCCUUCUCAUCUCAUUCCUUCCGUCCAUGUGGGUGGUCGCCGUCGCCACCGCGGCACGGAGUCCCGGCUGCGCAACGAGGUGCGGCGACAUCGACGUCCCGUACCCGUUCGGCCUGGACCCGCAGUGCGCCAUCCACGACGGCUUCCAGCUCAACUGCACCACCGUCGGCCGCACCACCAAGCUGUUUUACUUCAACGUGGAGGUGACCAAGAUCUCCGUGCAGGAUGGCAAGGCCUGGCUCAAGACUUGGAUCUCUCGGCAGUGCUACAACCAGACCACGAACGACAUGUUCGUGGAAAACGCGUGGAUCAACGCUACCGACACGCCCUACGUGCUAUCGGCAGACGAUAACAAAAUCAUCGUCCUCGGGUGCAAUAGUAUGGCCUACAUGCAGAGCGACUCUGCAAUACGUAAUCGGCUGUAUGUCCACAUGCGACUACCCACUCAGAACGGCUCUUGCUCCGGCACCGCAGGUUGCUGUGAGGCAGAUCUCCCGAGCGGUGUCCGGUAUUACCAAGGCUUUUUCAACGAGUUAUACAACACCACCAAGAUAUGGAGGAAAACCCCCUGCAACUAUAUCACCGUGAUGGAGAGCGCGGCCUUCAACUUCAGCACCACCUACCUCACCUCGACGGCGUUCUACGACGCGGACGACUCGAGGACCCCGGUGGUGAUGGAGUGGGGAAUCACGCGUCAGACAUGUGAAGAAGCCAAAGCCAACGAGACUGCAUAUGCAUGUGUUAGCGACCAUAGCGGCUGUGUCAGUAGUGAUGCCGGCUACCGCUGUAGCUGUUCUAAAGGAUUUGAAGGCAACCCUUACAUCGUAGAUGGAUGCACAGAUAUUAACGAGUGCUUGGACAGUUUUACUUACCCCUGCGCUGGAAUAUGCGAAAAUACACUCGGGAAUUUCACAUGUUCAUGCCCACGAGGAAGAAACGUGAUCAAUGGCGUUUGCGUCAAAAGUCAGAGGUCAACUUGGAUGGUGCCGGUUGUUGGUGCAAGUGUUGGACUCGUGACUCUUGUGAUCGGAAUCACUUGCGCGUACCUGGUCCAAGAACGGCGAAAGCUGCAUCGCAUCAAGCAGAGGUAUUUCCGACGGCACGGCGGUCUGCUUCUAUUCGAGGAGAUGAAAUCACAGCACCACCAGGGAGCCGCCGCGUUCACAAUCUUCUCCGAAGAAGAACUGUAG